GGGGUUGUACCGGCGUCAUGGGGAAGUCGGAUUUCCUCAGCCCCAAGGCGAUCGCCAACCGCAUCAAGUCCAAGGGGUUGCAGAAGCUGCGCUGGUACUGUCAGAUGUGCCAGAAGCAGUGCCGCGAUGAGAAUGGCUUCAAGUGUCAUUGCAUGUCUGAGUCGCACCAGAGRCAGUUACUGCUGGCUUCUGAAAAUCCUCAGCAAUUCAUGGAUUACUUCUCUGAGGAGUUCCGAAAUGAUUUCCUAGAACUGCUCAGGAGGCGAUUUGGAACAAAGAGAGUCCACAAUAAUAUUGUUUACAAUGAAUACAUCAGCCAUCGAGAACACAUCCACAUGAAUGCCACGCAGUGGGAGACAUUGACUGAUUUUACAAAAUGGCUGGGGAGAGAAGGUCUUUGCAAGGUUGAUGAGACWCCAAAGGGCUGGUACAUUCAGUACAUCGACAGGGACCCAGAGACCAUUCGCAGGCAGCAGGAACAAGAGAGGAAGAAGAAACAGGACCUCGAUGAUGAAGAAAAGACUGCUAAAUUCAUUGAACAACAAGUUAGAAGAGGUUUGGAGGGGAAGGAGCUGGAAAUGCCAGUCUAUACUGAACUGAACAGAGAAAAUGAGGAAGAAAAAGUUACAUUUAAUUUAAACAAAGGAGCAAGUACUUCAGUCGCAGCAUCUUCUAAAACAAGUGUCCUCGGACAGAAUGCACUGAAGAUGGUGGAGGGGGCAGUUAAAAGAAAAGAAUCAGCUCAUAGCUCCAGUCAGCCYAAAGAGAAAAAGAAGAAAUCUGCACUGGAUGAGAUCAUGGAGCUUGAAGAAGAGAAGAAAAGAACAUCUCGAAGAGACUACUGGUUACAGCCUGAAAUCAUUGUAAAAAUUGUAACAAAAAAGCUUGGAGAAAAGUACCACAAGAAGAAGGCAGUUGUUAAGGUAAGGUGGGCCAUCGGGAACAUGUGGCAUUUUUGGCUUUUCUGGUGUCAGGUGACUCCUGAAGAUUUGUUUCAUUUUGCAGGCAAGAAAGUGAUGGUAUUAAAUGGUGGGUACAGGGGAAAUGAAGGCAUCUUGGAAUCCAUCAAUGAAAAGAAGUUYUCAGUGACAAUAACCAUUGACUCUGGACCUUUAAAAGGACGCAGAGUUGAAGAUAUCCAGUAUGAAGAUGUUUCCAAACUCGCCUGAGUUGCUAGUCAUGGAUCAGAGAAGAUUUUUGUUCCCCAAACCUUAUUUCUGACAUGUUUCAGGCAGACACAAGACUCUACCAUGUCAGGGUUUUAAUUGUGUGUGUAUGUAUUUAUAUUGUAUAUAGACAUUAACAACAGACUUGAUUUAUUUAAAGAUAGCUAUCAAUUUGUUACAUCAAAUGUUUAUGGGAAUACUAUCAGUGGAAAUUUUUCAUCUGAUUUUAUAUCAAAGUUGCAAUAUUUGCUUCAGUUUCCUUUUGCAAAAUGUAGCAGAGAGCUGCAAACUGGAGUAUGUGGGCAGGUCCUGAAGAGAGAAUUAACCUACACUGGAGCCCGUGGAGUUUAAACAGCACACUUCUCAAUCCACAGCCAAAGUGGAGUCCUGGCUGCAGGAACARAGGGAGGAAUUAAGAAAAUAYCAGGAAGGUACCAGUGCUUCAAGGSAUAAUUUCCUGGAUGCUGUAAGAAUGAUCUGGUUUAUUAAGUGCUGUCACCAAUUUAUUUUUGAUCAGCACAUCAGUGGUAGUAGAAUGCAAGUCAUCGUUCCUCCAGCAGGUUUGUCAGGGGUCCUGAUAAUACUGGUAUGCAAUUUAUCUUCAUAUGGACCUCAUGUGGAGCUGCUCCAUGGAUGUUACUUGUGAAGUAAUUUGGGAUGCCAGCUAAAGCGUGUGCAGAUGUGAGUUGGGGGUUGCUCUUCUGGUUUUCCAAAGUCUUUUCCUUUCUUCUGUUGUUGCUCUGCUACACGAGUAACAUUACUCAUGCUAAAUGAUACAGCAUUACCUGUUUUAUUUUUUUUGAAGUGUCACAUUUUGUAUGAUAUUUAAUUUCUAAGGCACUUCAGGAAUAAAAACAAUUUUUUCUUAGGCUGGUGUAUAUGUUACCAACCUUUCCAAUGCUUGAGACAGCUGUUAAUUUAAAUCCAAAGAGCACAGCGAAGAUCUGGGUUGGUGAACCAUAUUAUUUGGGUAAAAAAGAUAUGCAGGUUGUCCUGGGCAAGAGAAAACCCACCACCUGAAGUUUGUGUGUCUCUGGAACCUUUUCCCUUCCCUUGCCUUGGAACAUCUUAUUGAUUYGUGGUUUUUAGGGGAAAUCUGCACAAAACUGGAAGUCUGCAGAGGUUUAACAAAACAGCUGCUGUCUCAGGUAGCCUGGAACAGCCUCACACAGGACAUGAGGGGUCUUUUCAAGGCUCCCGAGCAUAAAGAGUGGCACCUUAUGAGAACUUGGGGCAGAAAACACUUUUCUGUAAAUUCAGGCUCUCUGUGUAACCUGGGCUGUGUAAACAGCUCUGCCCUUUCUCAGAGAACGGGUGGUGAGGGAGAGAAGGUUUGUAGGAGGGUAAGGAGGGCAAGUGACAGAACAGAACAGCUUCUGUAUCGCCGAAAAUAAUUGCAUUUGCCAAAUUAGAGUUAACAUAGUAGACAAUUAAGAAAUUGUGUAGCAAAGACCAGAGAAUGGUUGCUCAUUGCUUGGUUGAACUGGGGAAGUGGCAGCUGCAGGAUGUUGUGGAGGCCAGAGCUGAUGGGUGAAUUCAAAGAAGCCAUAAAUGAUUUGUAGGAAGUCACUGACACUUCYGGGAGUGACUCUGAAGAGACAUUUCAAAACCACAUUGAUCCUCUCACUCCUGACACAGCUGCAAGAAAGAUCCUGUAGCAGCUUUCACUGCGUAAGUGUAGGAAACUAAAGUUGAAAAGGGCAAGGAGACCACUUGAGUCCCUUUCCUAGAUUAGGGCCAUUGAAAAGGGUAUGGCCAAUGUUUUUUUUCUGAGAUUGUCAGAGUAGUUCUAAAUCCUGCUUUUGGUAUAUUUGUUUCCCUACUGAUCUCAUUUAUUGCUGAAUGCUCCUGAAAAGUAAGGGAUCUUUUGGGAGCUAAGCACYCUGGAAGGAAAACUUAGAACUGAURA